UCAACUGUCUAGAUGCAUUGCUUAAAUUAGCAUAGGCUUAAAGGGGUAUGUUUGGAACCUUUUCCUUUUUCUCAUGGCUUCGGUUAAAGCUGAGGAAGAUCUGCUGUUUUUCAUCGUUUUAAAGCAAGUUCAGGGCUCAAUCUCACAGUGACAGCUUCUUCUUUCCUUUCUCUUCUCAGAAUUUCAUUCUCCUUCUCUCUGAUUCUCAAGUGAGCCAUCUUGUUUUCACUGUAAGUCUAUUUCCUCAUUUGGGUUUCAUCAAUUUCGAUCUUUAGAUCGAAUUCCGGUUCGAGAAAGGCCGAUAUUUCAUGGUUGUUGUUUCUUUCUUCGUUGUGGGAGUUUUUAUUAAUGGAUUCUUUCACUCAGUAUCAUCUGAUCUCGAUUAGACAUGGAUUCCAUUGAUGGGUUUUCCUUCAAUUCAAUAUUUGGUUGUUCGACGUCUUUCAUCGAACCUAUUGUAAGAUUCUAUGAAAGGAAUCCAAUAAAAGCCAACGUAAAAGAACCAAUCACCAAUGUGAAAUAGCAAUGGAUAAGAGUCGUAUCGGUUCCAUUAGCAGUUCUGAUCUCAUCGACGCAAAGCUUGAACGGCAUCAGAUGUGUCUAACCGUAAGGUGCCCGGGUUGUGGAUACAUGCUCGAUCGAAAACGGGACUGGUUAGGGCUUCCAGCCGGAGUGAAAUUUGAUCCAACAGAUCAAGAGUUGAUAGAGCACCUUGAGGCGAAGGUAGAAGAAGAAUCGGGGAACUCGAAAUCUCAUCCUCUGAUAGAUGAAUUCAUCCCUACAAUAGAAGGGGAAGAUGGAAUCUGCUACACCCAUCCUGAAAAACUUCCAGGUGUAACAAAGGACGGUCUAAUCAGGCAUUUCUUCCACAGGCCAUCCAAGGCCUACACCACUGGAACGAGGAAAAGGAGGAAAAUCCAAACAGAAUGCGAUCUGCAAGGAGGUGAAACAAGGUGGCACAAAACAGGCAAAACAAGGCCUGUGAUGGUGAUUGGGAAGCAAAAAGGAUGCAAGAAGAUCUUGGUCUUGUACACUAACUUUGGGAAGCGUAGAAAGCCAGAAAAAACCAACUGGGUCAUGCAUCAAUACCACUUGGGUCUGUCUGAUGAAGAGAAAGAAGGUGAACUUGUGGUCUCAAAGAUCUUCUACCAGACCCAACCCAGGCAAUGCAAUUGGACGGAUAAGAUUGCAGGUGGAGAGAGCAUUGAGCAUAGAAGGGAGACUGGUAGUGAGAGCUGUUCUUCUAGAGAAGUUACCAGCAAUAGAGAUCAUGAUUUGUCGGUGGUUGGGAUUCCAAGCUACAGUUCCAUGGACAUCCAACGGCUGAAACCUGAUCAUUUUAUCUUUGGUCCACUGGGGAAGAGCAUUGAUGAGGUUGGUCAGAGAGAAGCUUCAAAUGCAAGGAAGGCAUCAGGUAGCAUGUGCACCGAGCAUGAAGAGCUGGACCAGCAAAAGUCUCUCCACGUGACCCACGAGAAUCCAGUCGUAACAUCAGCUUACCAAAUCAGCAGGCAAUCAAACCCAAUCACCACCGUUGUUUCUCAACCCCUCCCCCAAACUUCCAUUGUUCUUGAUGACCCCUAUCAGGUCCCAGCUAUAAUCCUCCAACAUGAAAAUUUCCAGCAACAGCAUCAUCAACAAAAACUGGCAGAAAGAUCUGCUUCUGGUUUGGAAGAAAUAAUACUGGGGUGCACUUCGGGAGCAGUGAAAGAAGUAGGAUGCGUCAAUCACAAACCCUCAAGAGACAGAAUGGCUAAAGUAUUCUUACUGGUCUGAACCUGACAACCACCCCCCUAAUCAGGGGUAGGAGCAAAAUACAGUAAGGAGAAAAACCCUAACAUCCCACAACAAAAAACACCAUCAUCGUCAACAUCAACAUAAGCAUCAUUCCCUCUCUUAUUCUUUAUUAGGGUUUUGCAUAAACCAACUGUGCAAUAGUCCAAGUUGGAAAGACAGAAAUACCAAAACAAGAAGAAAAAAGAAAGAGAAAAAAAAAAAGAAAAAAAAAAGAAAAAAAGAAAAAAAAGGAAAAGGAAAAGGAAAAGGAAAGAAAAGCUGCUAUUGAUGACAAUAGAAGGGAAGCCAAAUGCCCAAAGCAAAUCACCAUUCAUGGAAAUCAUCCGCACCAUCCAUUAUAAUGCCCCUGGGUGCCACUGUUCCACCAUUUCUAGUUUUUCACUGUACAAUAGUUGUUUUGACCAUUGUCUUCUUCUCAUGUUAUUGUUUCUACCUAUGUUAAGAGCUCAAA